AUGCCAGAUGAAACAGGUGUUGCAGAGGCCCAGCUGGAACCAGCUUGUGGCCAACUGGCCCCCUCCACUCGAAUUGUGGGAGGUUCAGAGGCAGAGACAGGUACCUGGCCAUGGAUGGCAAGCCUGCAACUUGUAGACUCGCAUGUUUGUGGGGGGACCCUCAUUUCCUCAAGCUGGGUCCUCACGGCUGCACAUUGCUUUGACAGUGGUAUCACGGAUCCCUCUCUGUAUGCCGUCCUGCUGGGUGCUUACAGACUCCUAAACCCUCACCCUGGAUCAGUGUUAGUCCCUGUGAAGACCAUCAUUAUCCACUCCAACUACUCAGAUCAUAGGACUGGCAAUGACAUUGCCCUUCUGGAACUGGAACGCCCCGUCAGAUUCACUGAUCGCAUCCAGCCUGCCUGUAUUCCAGGACGCUCCAUUGUCUUCCCUCCCAGGAUGGGGUGCUGGGUUGCAGGUUGGGGGAGCAUCAAGCAAAAUGAUACCGCCACAUGUGAGAGCCUUUACAGCUACCUUCCAGGAACAAGCCCGCAAAUUAAGGAUGAUAUGAUGUGCGCAGGAUACAUGGAGGGGAUGAAGGAUUCUUGCCAGGGGGACUCUGGAGGACCACUGCUUUGCCCUUGGGAUGGGUAUUGGCUUCUGGCUGGUGUGGUGAGCUGGGGGGCUGCUUGUGCUGCCCCUAGACGCCCUGGGGUCUACACUCGCGUUGCUGCUCAUGACCAGUGGAUCUUGAGACACGCCCCAGAAGGAGCUAUCAAUUUAAUCUCAACAAAUGAAACCCAAAGAAAUGGGUCCUCCAGCAGUAGUCCUUGGUUCCUAGUGCUCCUAUUGCUUUUAUUAAGCACAAGCACUGUGCUCAGUGCUGUAUAA